AUGCCCGACCCCGUGCGCGGAGGUGGCGCAUACGAUCCUGAAAACGGGAGAGGGGAGACUAGACCAGGUCACAAGCCUGCGUAUAGCCGCAGUGGAAGCUGGGAUGUGCUUGCAGGCAUUCGGAAGUUUGAGCAUGACUACUCGGAGUUUGACUCGCGAAAUGCAAGCCAGAGUCACUUGGCCUUCGCUGAAGGAGACAUCCCGAAGAACAAGUUUUCUCGACUCUACAACUACCUCUUGAACGUCUCAAUCGUCACGAGAUGGGCCAUCUUCAUCCUCCCAGUCAUGGCUCUGGUGUGGAUCCCGGGUAUCUUGGGUCUCACCACCUUUCCCCAUGCCGAGAUUUGGGGCGUGCGCUUGGUUUUCUGGAGCAUCUGGCUGAGCAUUGUUUGGGGAGGAUGGUGGGCUGCUUUAGCCACAGCCCGUGUUCUCCCCCGAAUAGCUCGUGCUACUGUUGGAAUUGUAGCAGUUGGCAGCCGCCGAUACAUUGACUGGCUGGAUGUUUUGCAUAGAUACGUGGCUCUAUUCGCAUGGACGUUGGCUAUUUGGAUCACUUUUAAUUCGAUCAUAAAUAACAACGACGGCGACGGGAGCGACAGGGAGAGAUCUGUAAUUUCUUUCAUCGCGAAACUGUUAUUCGCCAUCUACAUAUGUGCCGCGGUCUUGGCGUUUGAGAAGUUCUCGAUCCAGUGGAUAGCGGGCAAGUUCCACGAAAGGUCAUAUGCAGAGCGUAUCGCCGACCAGAAAUUUGCUAUCAAGGUCUUGACGAUUUUGUACCGCCAUUCAGCCGACAUCCCUGGCCGUUCAGAUACUCUGCGAGACGGUCCACUAGAUAAACGUGCUACCAUCAACCCGAGAAGAUUUUUCAAGCGAGCACUACGAGGGGUGAGAUAUGCUGCAACCACCACUACAACCGCCCUGGGGAACGUUGCGUCCGAAAUGGCUGGGAGCUCCGUAUUGCAACCCAAUUCUCCGGAAGCGAAGGUGAAGACUGCUCUUGAAUCGGCAAACAAGUCACGCCUGCUUGCUCGAAGAUUAUUCUACUCAUUUGUGAAGCCCGGCCACGACUACCUUGAAGUACAAGACAUUGCACGCUUUUUCCCAACCCCUGAAGACGCGGAUGCCGCGUUUGCCUUGUUCGACAAGGAUGGCAAUGGGGAUGCAUCUCGCGACGAGGUGGAACUCGCUUGCAUGGACUACCACCGAGAGCAACUGUCUAUAGAGCAUUCAAUGAGAGACCUCGACAGUGCUGUGGGACGUUUGGACAACAUCUUCAUGAGUUUGUAUGUCGUCGUAGCCGCUCUCAUCGUUGCGGUCGCAUUGGACACGCAACUUACUACCCUCGUGACGGGCGCUGGAACCCUGAUUCUUGGUUUGAGUUGGCUGAUUGGCAGCAGCGCCCAGGAAGUUUUGACCAGCAUAAUCUUCCUGUUUAUCAAGCAUCCAUUCGACGUGGGUGACCGCGUGGAUAUCGACAAAGCCAGUUAUACAGUUAAGGAGAUCCGAUUGCUCACGACGGUGUUUGCGGACGGCAAAGGCUGUCAAGUGCUGGCUCCCAAUACCAUUCUUAACGGGAAGUUCAUUUUAAAUAUCCGCCGAAGCGGCCAAAUGUCCGAGACCUUCGAGUUUGACGUUGAUUAUUCAACGACUUUCGAGCAACUCGAGCAGUUGCGAGAUAAAAUGUUAACUUUCGUCAAAGAAGAGCGGAGAGACUACCAGCCGGUCUUUGAUGUCACGGUAGCCGAUAUUGGGGAUCAAGAGAAGAUGACUUGCCAGGCUGACAUCAAGUAUAAGAGCAACUGGCAGCAAGGUGCUGUCAAAGCCCGGAGACGCAACAAGUGGAUCUGUGCUCUCAAGACCGCCUUGGCUGAUUGUCACAUCUACGGGCCUAAGGGAAACCCUGAUGCCAUCCCAGCACCUUCGAGAAUUACGCUUGUACCUUGGGACAAGGUGGAACGUGAUGAUGAGGCAAAGCUCGCGACCCAACAGCCCGACGAUAAAGAAGCUGGACCUGAGAUGCCUAAGGGCGGAUGGAAUUUGACGGAUAAGAACGCAGAGCUUGCGGGUGACUCGGAGGACGUUUGGGGCGAAGGAGAUGAAGUACACAUGACAAAUCCUCGCCGCGGAGUCUCGACGAAGAGCACUUCGACGGUCAGAUCUCAACCGCCGGCUGCGCCUCCCAACUUCCCCUUACCCCCUCCGCCAAUGCCUGUAGCAACGCCUCCGGAGGAGAGGGACGCAACUACUCCGCGCGCGCAGGAGUUCACACGACAACCGUAACUGUCUGCAGGCAGAUAGAAUCUUUGUGGAUGUUGCUUUGAUUGACCUGCUGUGAUCUAACUUGGACUUGUAAAAAUAGCAGCAUCUUCACUAGGCGGACGUUUCGCAGCCACAUCAUCACUAUUUACACUCACUAUUAACACAUCGAAUAUCAAAGCAUACAUCUCGGCAGUAAGGUGAGCAUGAUAGCAGAACGAAGUAGGAAUAGUUAUACAUUCCAACCACUGGCUUGCUGCGUUGGGCUGCCCCAGCCCCUGGCGGCAGGGCUUCCACUGCUAGCUCCCCACCCACCGGC